ACUACUUAAGGGCGGAUUAGAGGCGGCGGCCGCGGAUUCCCGAGCCCGUCAGCCAGCUCCGCGCGCUGCGCCCAGGCCUCGCAGGAGGCAGCACAGUGGCGCCCGGUGCCUGCAGAAGUGCCUGGCGCGGGGGGGUGCUGCCCGGACCUUUCCCUGGCCCCCAACCCAGGGGGUGAGACCUCUCUCGGGCCGCCAAGAGCUCACGGACCUGCACGCUGCCACCCCCGCCCCGCCCCUCUCCCGGGCAUCCGUGGGCUCCAGACCUGAUCCCCGGACGGCGCGGGAGGUUAGUGCCCGCUCUCCCAACCGCGCCAGCUGCCCCAUCAGUCGGGGUGCGCUACGAUUUCUUUCCUCAUUUCCCUCUUUUAAGUGCAAUAAAAGGGAGAGGGGAUUCCUGGAUUUUUUUUUUUUUAAUUUGUUUGCUUCCUUAAUUGGGGGGCAAGCGCUCCCAGUCGGGAGGUGCGGCCCAGGGAGGGGCCAGGAGCGGGAACGUGCCCGGUGCUGCCCAGUCUUUGUCUGCUGCCUCCGGAUGCACAGCGAUGGGGGAAUGGACCAUCUUGGAGAGGCUGCUGGAAGCCGCGGUGCAGCAGCACUCCACUAUGAUCGGGAGGAUCCUGUUGACUGUGGUGGUGAUCUUCCGGAUCCUCAUUGUGGCCAUUGUGGGGGAGACGGUGUACGAUGAUGAGCAGACCAUGUUUGUGUGCAACACCCUGCAGCCCGGCUGUAACCAGGCCUGCUAUGACCGCGCCUUCCCCAUCUCCCACAUUCGUUACUGGGUCUUCCAGAUCAUAAUGGUGUGUACCCCGAGUCUCUGCUUCAUCACCUACUCUGUGCACCAGUCUGCCAAACAGCGAGAACGCCGCUACUCUACUGUCUUCCUAACCCUGGACAGGGAGCCCCCUGAGUCCAUGGGGGGUCCUGGAGGAACUGGGGGUGGAGGCAGUGGUGGUGGCAAACGAGAUGAUAAGAAGUUGCAAAAUGCCAUUGUCAAUGGGGUGCUGCAGAACACAGAGAACACCAGCAAGGAGACAGAGCCAGAUUGUUUAGAGGUUAAGGAGCUGACCCCACACCCAUCAGGGCUGCGCACUGCUGCACGAUCCAAGCUCCGAAGGCAGGAAGGCAUCUCCCGCUUCUACAUUAUCCAAGUGGUGUUCAGAAACGCCCUGGAGAUUGGGUUUCUGGUAGGCCAAUACUUUCUCUAUGGCUUCAGUGUCCCAGGGUUGUACGAGUGUGACCGCUACCCCUGCAUCAAGGAGGUGGAAUGUUAUGUGUCCCGGCCUACUGAGAAGACUGUCUUUUUAGUGUUCAUGUUUGCCGUGAGUGGCAUCUGUGUUGUGCUCAACCUGGCUGAACUCAACCACCUGGGAUGGCGCAAGAUCAAGUUGGCCGUGCGAGGGGCCCAGGCCAAGAGGAAGUCAGUCUAUGAGAUCCGCAACAAGGACCUGCCCCGGGUCAGUGUUCCCAAUUUUGGCAGGACUCAGUCCAGUGACUCUGCCUAUGUGUGAAGGGGCAGCUUCACACAUAGGGCCUGGGGAAUGAAAUCUGCCCCAAGGCAGAUGACUACUCAGAGAGAGUGGCUGUAUCUGCCCUCGCUUGCCAUUGAGCUAUAGGACAAGACUAGUUAAGAGAAGACCCUGCAUCAAUGGGAGAGGAGAGAAAGUAGAGCCAUUACCACAGGUCACACCAUUGGUUCCUACAGAGACCACUGCGCAGAGUGAUGAGAUGGAUGAGUCGGACUUCUUUGGGCCUUUUCGUUGAUGUCCCAGUCUGAUCCUGCCAACAGUGUGCUUGCACAGCUACCAAGUAAGACUUAGCUCCACUGAGCUCAAUAUCCUGGUGAAUGGCAUUAACAAAUACUUCAUCGGUCCAAAAUUUGUGACCUAUCUCAACACGUCUCUUCAUCCUGGGCUGCAGGACAAACAUCCUUGAGGCAUCUUUCGUGUACCUCCCCCAUCAGCAUGCUCCUCUCCUUCAACCCAGGAUAGCAUGCCAGCUUUUUUCUGAAUCUAGCCUUACAGUAGACCUAAUAUGGUUUAUCUGCAAGCUAGAGGGAAUUAUAUGGGGUGCUUUUUGGAGAUUGACCAUGGCAGAGGUUCGCAUUCAAGCCCCAUCUGACAAGCCCUUAGUCAUUAUGAAAACCUUAGGAAUGUCUCUGUAUUUCCAAUUUUCUAAUUCAAACUGCACUGGUGCUGUUUAUUAGGGGCAGGGUUUGGGUGGGAGGGAGGGAAUUGCAAUAUGCAAGUAUAACACUUCUGUGAGAUGGUCGUUGCACUGUUAGGCAUGUGGCUAUGAGCUUUGGGAUACUUCUGCCUUCCGGCUUGUGGACUUUGGCUAGCAUUAAAAAUAUUUUGUUGUUGUUGUUGAUAUCAAGGGUGUCUACUUGAGCCACAGAAUUUCUAACUGGUGUAUUCCAUUCAUUUUCUUAUACUUCAUUUUGCCAUGGUUUGAAUUUACCUGUGUGCUCACACCAGAGACCUUAAUCAGCCCAUGUCAAUCCCAAUUUAUUAUUUUAUCAGUUAUUUUUGAAACACACACUUAAUCACUAGCUUAAGAAACCUGGAAACACUAUUGGCUAACAUGUGUUUACGGAUGUGUAUUUGAGACGUAUACCAAAGGUUCAAAAACCUGUUUCUUUGGACUGUGAAUAUGUUUCCUUCUCUUUGCUCUUAUUUAAGUGCCAUAUUAUACCUUUUACAUCCACUGUGUAUUUAGUUAAAGCACUGGCUGAGAAUAAUAUUUGAAUAAUUGCUUUUAUGAAGCCCCCAAUUUCCUUUGCAUUAUCAUUUAUGAUUUUUGAUUUAGGUAUGGACAUGGUGUAACACACAACUGAGGAUUUGUUUAAAAUAAAGUUCUUGCCUUUUUUUUU